UUUAGGUUGAAGAUGUCCAGCAUGUAAAUUCUCAAGUGUCUGAGGUUGAUGUGUCUCCAACUCGACGAAUGUUGCUGUGUCAAUGACUGGAGGAACGGGAUAGCAGCGAGAAAUUUUCCUCAGGUGAAGUAUACAAGACAUAUGAAGCAAUUGUGACUGCAGCUGUCAUGACAGAGAAAAACUUUGUGGUGUUGUACACAAACCAAAAAACUAAGAAGGCAAAAACAUGGCAUGAUGGAAGUCUAAAAUUUUCUGGCGGUGGAACUAAGGGUGUCCUUUAUGAUGACAAGAAAUUCCGCAUCGAUACAAUUCAUGUUCGCCCGGAGGAUGUUGGGAUUGGAGAACAACUUGAGAGUGACAGGCAUUACAUCCUGAUAGAGGAGGAGUCAAAAAUUGGAGCAACCAAUCAGAAUGAAGAAGCUCAGAGUGAAGCAAUUGUUCGGCCAACCAGAACUGAGAGUUUGAAGCCCCAGAUUAGGACAGGUCUAAAGAGGAGACGUGGAGGGUUCGUCCCUCCUCGAAUGAUUGCACCGAGAGACCCGGAACCUCUCCAACAGAAAACCAUUGACCACAGCAGCUGGUCAGAGAGCAGAGACUGCCCGGGCUCACACGACACUCCACAGCAUGUAGCAUCAUUUCAACAGAGAUAUAAUAUAUUAAACCAAUGCACUUCUGAAAGAAGUUUAUCGAUGUCCAGUAAUUCUGAUCUGAUGAGGAAAGCCUCAUCAUUUUCAGAAAAUGUGUUGCAAAAAACUCCUGACAGAAACAUUUAUAACAAUUCAUCCUCCCCUGUGAUUGGUCAGACAAACAAUAAGCCCAUGGCAUCCUCUCCAUGGAGUACAUUUGGUUCUUCCCAAUCACCAGCUAGCUCAAAGUUAAAGUCAUGCCAAGAUUCAAAUACAUUGGAACUGAAAAAUGCAGAAGUGAGAAGUGCCCCUUUUUGUGAAGAUACUCGAGCACCACCUGUAGAUGACUCAAACUGUAGAAUACCAGAAAUCAUGGUACCCAAAACUUCACAAAGCAAGAGAAGUAGUACACAAAUUUUAGCACUUUUAACAAAGACAGUUAAUAAACCUAACAAUAGAAAAAUUAGCCCAUGUAAAAGCCAACUGCAAAUGUCAACUCCUUCCUUCCUGUCAGGCAAGCCUGAUGAUGUCAAGGGUGAACCCAGACAAUCAUUUAAGGAUAAGGCCCCUGCAGUUAGCUCGGAGUCUGUGCAGAAAGGGAAAGAGAAACAUUGCCAUCAGUGGAAUAAUGUGCAGGAUGACUCUUUGAGUCAGAUAUCAGAUUUAGUUCAGUCUGAUUUAACAAAUUCCUCACUGGUAUCUGAUCACAACACUUACUCAUUUAGAGCCGAUUCAAAAAAUCAGCCAGAUGACAGUCAUUAUGACUUGAUAUCCACGCCAACAAUGGAAAUCUGUAGAGCAUCAGAAAGUGAGAUGGAAGGUGAAGUAGUGUGUAAUUCUGAAUACAUUGGAAUACAUGUAGUUGAACCUCAACAUAAUGAAACAAAUGAACUUCAACAUAGUGGAAUAUGUGAAUCUCAGAAUAGUGAAAUAAAUGUUUUUCAAGAUAAUGGAACAUGUGAACCCCAACAUAGUGAAACAAAUGAACCUCAACAUAGUGACAUUAAUGAACCUCAUCAUAUAGGAAUGAAUGAACCUCAACAUAGUGGUGUAUGUGAACCUCAGCAUAGUGAAAUGAAUAAAUCUUCACAUAGUGGAAUAUGUGAACCUGAAACUCUACAUAAUAAAAAGAUAGAAAUUCAGUGCACCAGAAUAAAUAAAGCUGAACAGAAUAGUAUGGAGAAAUCUCCUGAACAUAAAGAAGUGUGUGAACAUGAUGAUCUUUCUCCCUGCACAGUGAAUGAGAACACUGAAAAUAGUAGUUCAGUUGCUUCCUCCAAACUUGAUAUUGUUGAGGACGAGAAUGAGAUGGCAUGCUUUGGAGGAGCUUCAUUUUCCAUAUCUUUUUCACCAUUGUCAGUGAUACCAUCAGAGUCUGAUAGUGACCUUGACAUGGAAGACCAACAGACAAAUCAGAGUCAGGAAUAUCAGGGAAACAAAGACUGUUCUAUCACGUCUAUUGUUGGAGAAAGUCAUGAAUGUGUUGAUGUUGAUUCAUCUGUCCUUUGUACAGUUGGAAAAAAUCAUGAGCAUGUUGAUGUUGGUUCUUCUGCCCCCUCUGGACUUCUUGAAUGUGUCGAUGUUGAUUCAUGUGCAGACCAAAGUAGGGAGGUCAAUAAUCAUUCUGUGACAAAAAAGUCUGUAGAAAAUGAACCAGUUUUAAGCCAAAAAGAAUUAGAAUUUCAAGAAGGUACCAGUUUUAUCAAGGAAACAACUCAAAUCAAUUCAGACACAUCGCUCAAAGACAGUAUUAACUCCAUAGUAAAAACUGCAGACAAUGGUGAAAAAGAGAAGAAGGGUGUCAUAUGUAUUCAUGGAUCUGAUUUAGGUGAACAGCUUAAUACAAGCAUAAGUUAUGAGAAUAUGGACGAAUUUCAAUGUGAAAAUAGAGCAGAAGAAGAUGAUACACAGAGUACAGGGGUGAAUUAUGUUACAGACAACCAAACAAACAAUGAAGGUUUCUCACAGAAAUCUCUAGGAUGUCUCCAGCUAAGUCCUGAUUCUACCAGAAAUUUUAGCUAUUGUUCACCAACUAGAACUCCAGUAGAGAACAGUCUGAUGAAAUUUAACAGGUCGGCAGAUGUGCUUCCAGAAAGAAACAACUUGCCAGUGUUUGAAACCAGUUGGUCUGAUGAUAGUUCUUUGUUUGAUACAUCUCCAGUGGGGCUGACAAACCUCUCCCUGCCUAAAGAUAAACCAAGCUUUCAUGUUUCUAACAUUUCUAGAUUUAGUACAGAAUGUGAUUCACAGUACAGUUCUCUUCAAAAAAGAGAGAAUAUUGAAGGCAAAUAUUCUGAUCCACUGAGAUCUGACUGUGAUGCAGACCCAUGGAGGCUCCUAGAGAACAAGUACCGGUACAAGAUGGAGAAUGUGGAAGAUCAAAGGCCCAUCAACAAGAACAAAGUCACCAGUUUACCACACAGGACAACCAAUGACAGAUACAGGAGUGGAGCUUUACCACAGACAGAACCAGUUUACAGUCUUUCAAGUCUUCCACAUCCCUCACAACUGAUUAAGGAUCCACAAGAACUCAGACAUAAAAAUAAAGACCUCUCACAAAAGAUUAAUGAGAAGAUGGAGUCAUACAAAAUGAGAGGAAGUGUGACAGGUAUGGUUGCUAAGAGACAAAAAGGUCCGCUUUCUCAGAGGCCUGGCGUGUGCAAUAACUUUGCACCAAACAUUACUUUCAGUCAAGUGCGGCGGAAUUCCCAGAGAAGGACAACACAAGGAGAAUUAAAAGAGGAAAGUUUCGAUGGAGAUUGGCUGGAUGACUUGCAUAGGGAACACAAAGGUUCUGAAGAGCACACUGCAGAGGUUAUGUCCAUGAAAAGGAACCAGGGAAAUGAAAGAAAUUUCAGGGUGGGAAUGAGUCCUUGCAAUAGAGGAGCUAUUUCAGGACCGAGUGACCCUCAGAGGACCAUCCAACACUGUAGUCACAACUCCUUACUGGAAACUGAGGACCAGAUUCUGACCAACAUGAGCAAAAAUAACAGUUCAUCAAGGGCAGUGACAGGUUUCCACUCACAGGACGAGGAUAUUUGUAAAGACAGUGCAUAUGGACAGCCCAGAAAGAUGUGUGACUCAUCUCCUGAUGUAGACUUUAAUGACUCAGUGAAAGGCCACAAGAUUGCCUUGAGGAGCCAGCCAUUUGAGGACCAGUUCCUGAUUUCUGGUUCCAUACCUCCAGAGAUUUCAUUGGUCACAAGUGACUCAGUUCAGAAUCAAGGGACAGCAUCAGAUAAUUUACAUGUAGGCAGUGCCAUUUCAACUGUUUCAAAGUGGGGGCAGUAUAUGCCAGUAGAAGAUGAGAAUGACCACGAUAUCUUUGAUUGUUCCUAUGACUUUAAUUCCUCUCUUCUACAUAAACCUAACAAUGCUUCUCUGUCAGACUGUGACCAAAACAAUUAUAACCAAAUCCAACACAAAAACUCUCUCAGAAAUGCUGGAAAGUUUACACCCAAACAGACAAUUAAUACCAGCGCAGAAAACAAUGUGACAGGUACUUCAGAAAGAGCAAGGCAUUCUUUUAAAGUCACUUCACAUCUGCCCAAUGUGGUUAAUGGUGAGAAUGUUCAUUUGGACAGCCAAGAAAGUAAUGGCGUAUAUCUUCCAAAUAUGGAAUAUUUUGGGAAUACAGAUAAAGACAUUAAGCGCAAUGAGUUUUCUAGCCCUAAUGCUAAUUACAACCAGAGAAACAGUACCUCACAUCAUCAAGAUGUGACCAAAUCAGUGACUCAAUGUGUAGGAAUGUCCCCUGACGUUAUCUGUCUGGGUUCUUCCCCCAGUCUUUACCACCAGGCGGAUCUGAAGUCUCCAGCCACCCACAUCUACUCCCUAGAGUCCUCUCAAGGUCAGGCUGGCACCCCUGAAGGUCAGACAGUUCCUGAGAAGACUGGCUCAUGGAACAGCUCCACUUUGAGCUCCCCUACAGGUCAAGUAGUGCCAGAGGUACCCACCAACAGUACAGGGGAGUCUGUGUUACACAGCCUGGAGAGGAAGUUUAAUCCCCCCGUAAUAAAUCCUACCUCUUCGCCAAACCUACUACUCGGAACCAAGCGGAGUCUAUGGGAUGAUCUACAGUUUGCUUCACUGUCUGAGGUAGAGAGUAACCCCACCCCUGUCAGAAAGAUUGUGAUACCCACAAUGUUUUCAUCACCACUACAGUACAAGCAGAUCCUUGUGUCUGCCCUCAGAGAGCAUCUCAACAUAAUUCUGUUUACUCUGUCAAAGCAGUACCACCAGGCCAUGUCAAAAACAGACACCUCAAGUCUUACAUUUUCAGUUAAGAACACAGGAGGCAUUCAGAGUGAGAGUGCAGGCACCCCUCUACCCCCUUGUCUGUGUGGGGUCCCCUCUAAACUGGUCCAGGUCAGGAAGGAGGGCUCCAAUAAGGGUCGAUUCUUCUACUCCUGCACUCAUCCAGCCAACCACAGGUGUAAGUUUUUCCAGUGGGCUGAUGUUAGCAGUAGUGUUGGAAUACACCAUGUUGGGUCAAGGAUCAGACUGACUGACCCCACGGGAGUGACCGCCCACCUCAGGCAGCACCGCGUCAUGUUUUACUGUCAAAGCCAAUUCCUGCAGAAGUCAUUGGAGAAUAUACUCGGCCACUUCAAAAAUCCAUGGGCAAGGCAGAAAUAUCAGAGGGAAUGUAAAAUGCAGAGAAAAUACUUCCUUCGAUUGUCCAGGAAGGAUUCCUCAACUUUAUUCUCCAAAGAUGAUUUGUGGAUUGUAUCAAGAGACCUCAGUUUCGAUUUGACAUCUACAUUUUUGGCCAAAAGUACAUACUAUGGACCAACCUCAGGAAAUGAAGUGGAAAUUGAACCAAUUUCUAAAUUCUCCCCAUCCAACUGGAACAAUGAAGCUCCUUGUCAUGCUAUACUGGCAGGGAAUGUCAGUUCUGAACUGAGUUACCUUGACAAUAUACAAGACAACCUACAGCCCUUUAGUGUCCCAAUACUAAGCCAAUUACUGAGUGUAGAGGAAGCUGACGCUUUGAAAGGAAAGAGAGGAUUUUUACCUCCCAGACUGUCUGGAUCUAAGCGCUCCAACAUACAUGUCCCAAUUCAUGCAAUGGAUGAGUUGGUUAAAGAGUUCAUGGGGACGUAUUCUCUGAAUGUGGAUCAGGGUACAGCAUUGAGGAGACUAGCAGCCAUGUUCUGUGAUGGGACUCACAGUGAACUGUCCUCCAUUCUCCUGAUACAUGGCGUGUUUGGGGCUGGCAAGAGCUUUCUGCUGUCUGUGAUGAUCCAGUUCCUAGUGAGGGUGUUUAAAGUGAAUGGAAGCUACACCCCGGGGCUGCCCUACCCCUGGAAGAUUCUCAUCUCCUCCACCACAAAUGUGGCCGUGGACAGAGUCCUCAUGGGAUUGCAGGAUAUUGGAUUUGAAGAUUUUGUCAGAGUUGGAAGCAUGAAAAAAAUUGCAAAACCAGUAUUACCAUACAGUGUGCAUGCUACUGGGACAGAGAGCCAGGAGCUGAAAGACUUGCAGGAAAUGCUGAGAAGUGGAGACCUCAGUCAGUCCGAAAAACACAAUGUGCGACAAAGUAUAGAGAAACAUAAAUUGGGAGAAAAUAAAAAGAAGCUUGGCAGUGUGCCGGUGGUCGGGGUGACCUGUGCUUCCUGUGGGGCCCCCAGUCUCAAAGACCUCAAGUUUCCUGUGGUUAUAUUGGAUGAAUGCAGUCAGAUGACAGAGCCAGCGUCACUAUUACCUGUGUCAAAGUUUGCCUGUGAAAAACUGGUGCUAGUAGGCGAUCCGAAGCAAUUAGAUCCGACGAUCCAAGGAUCAGAGGCUUGUCACACAGAGGGACUGGAGCAAACCAUGUUUGACAGACUUAUCAAAAUGGGUCACAUCCCCACCAUGCUGAGAACACAGUACCGCUGCCACCCCGUCAUCAGUGACCUUGCCAACAGUUUAUUUUACCAAGGCCAGCUACUGGAUGGGAUUCAAGGAGCUGACAGGGAACCUGUGCUGGAUAUUCUGCCAACCCUUUGUUUUUAUGAUGUAUCUAAUGGACAAGAAAGCAGUGAUUCUAGUGGCAGUUUUUCUAAUGAGAAAGAGGCAGACUUUGUAUCAUUUCUGAUAGAAGUCUUACUCAAUGCAGGGGUGGAUGCAGCUUCUAUAGGAGUAAUAACCCUCUAUAAAUCACAGAUGUACAGCAUUCUUGUCAAACUGGGCACAAGCAGAAACUGCAGUCAGAAGGACACAAAGUCAGUACUAGUGUCUACAGUGGACGCCUUCCAGGGAGGAGAGAGGGACAUCAUUAUACUGUCUUGUGUACGGACAAAUAACACAGGCUUCAUAGACAACCACAAGCGAACUAAUGUUGCAUUGACCAGAGCCAGGCACCACUUGUUUAUUGUUGGGAAUAUGCGCAAUCUAGAGAAAAACCAUCUGUGGGGGAAAGUCAUUGCUAUGUGUAAAGCUCGCACUGAUGGUGUUCAGAGCUCAGAGGCAGCACAGCACACACUGUGUUCUCUCAAUGACCUAGUCUCUCAGGAAUCUGCCUUCAGUCCAAGAAGUAGGUCACCCAAGGCAGGGAAAAAGGGGAAACGAAAACGACAGGAGGAGGAGGGAGAUAGCCCUCCGAUGUCAUUGUCUGGACAGUCAGGAACACCGAUUGACAACAGUCCAGUCACAUUAAGCUUCAAAGAGACGACGCCUGUAAAACAGUCAAAGAGGCGGCGUGAAUUCCCUCAGAUAGAUGUCACACAGCUCGAUAGCGACAAAGAAAAUGCAAAAGAAGACAGUGAGGAUGAAGAGCUACCGGCGUUUAACCUUUGAUUCACAUGGAAUCAGAACUUGAACCUAGAGCAUGUGAUACGAAUCUGUACUGCUUUAUAUUUUUAACUAUUCACAUUACAAGAAUUCUUUUUCAUCGAACUUGUUAAAAACUAGUGGAUGGGCGUUAUAGAUAUGAAAGCAUAUCUAUCAAAUACAGUGUGACAGAAUGGAAUAUUUACAUGUAUCAUUAAUUUGUGAUACUCUUCUUUAAUGUUAAUCUUAAGUUUCAAAAUAUAUAAAGUUUGAAAAAUAUUAUGAGUUGGCUUUUAAUUAGAUUAUUGCUGCAUAGAUGUAAUGUACUAUAGUGCCAUACAUGUCAAAACCUUAAUACUGCACACAAAAAUCUGCAGUAAUUUGUGCCAAAUUUUUAAUACAUGUACCUUAAUAUACAUGUACUUGCACAGAUUUUUGAUUUGUCACAGUAAGACCAGGACUUUUUGCAAAUUUGCAUUUUUUUAGAAUUAUGUAAUUUCUUUUUUUUAAAUCCAAAUCAUACACAUGCUACAAUAACACACCUUUGAAAAACUACUAGUUUGUUGUAUUUGCAAAUGUCAAGGAAAUAGUGCCUCCUUGUUUAUAUUUAUAUACCAGUAUUUCUCUUUAAAACGAUUCUGUAGUUUUUAACAUUUUUAUUGUUUUUCAUGUUAAAAACAUGGACAUGUUUAAAUUGAAUUCAUUGUAUUUCUUACAAGAUAUGCAUGUACAAAAAAUAAUUAAUGAAUUGUUGAUGUUCAAAACUAUAGAUAAUUAAUUCCUCAUACAAUUUAAAAAGUGAAAUACAAGUAAAUCUACAAUUUUUAAAGUCAGUUUGCUUGACAAUACAAACAUACUACAACCUGA